CUCGGCUGCUGCUUAAAUAAGGUAGCCCUUUGAGAAACAUGAAUCCACACUGAGCAUCGCCUGUCAGUCGUGAUAGCAGUAACGUGCAUUUCAUUGUUGACUGAACUGCAGUGAACAAACAUUUAGCAAAUAAUGGACCACGGUGGCUGUUUGUGUGAGUAAUGCGGGACCUCACCUCGGCAUCAGCAGGAACGGACAGGUCAUCCAAGAGAACGAGAUGUUCUCUCGCAAUCAAUCCUGCUCGUUUGAAACUCAAACUGCUUAACUUUUGGAAAAGUGCUGCAAUUGAGAUAAAAAAAAAAAAGGAGAUAUUAACUGCGCCCUCUUGCGGCGAAUAAGCGAAGCUCCGUUUGAGCCCUCCGAGUCUCCGUACUAAAGAAAACCUGCCUCUCUAUGCCUUCAUUCGCACACCCAUCAUCACUCCUCGCCAAAAACACAAAACGGACAGAUGAAAAUACACGGCAAAAUAUUUAGUCUCAUCACUGGAGUGUACGCUGUUGUCAAGAGCUCUCAACAACAUGGAGAUUAUAUAUAAUGUUCCUGCAAUAUGGCAUAAUCCUUUCAUCUGUGUUCAUUUCUUUCCGAAAAUGAAUUAAUCGGCGUUGUCGGCAGAAAGAAAUAACGCUAUUCGGCAAGUAACUCGCUCGUUUUAUAUGGAUGCUAGGAUAAAAUUACCUGUAUUUCACACAGAUGACACAUUUAUGGCUGAAACGGACAGUUCUUCCGAAACAGACAGUCAGCUGAAGUGAAUACAAUAAAGAUGAAUCCCUUAUAGAGGAGCUCCCUGGCUUGCAAAGGAUCAAGGCCUGUUUCUGCUGAACAUUUUCCAUCUUGGAUGUUACAGUCAAAAUCCCCAACAAUAACAUGCACUAGUUGUGCUGAUGAUGGUUAUUGCAGAGGAGUCACACAUGCUGUGCGGAGUAGGUGAGGUGUGGUUACGGGCCUAUUCGCUGCAGGUGUUGAGAGAUCCGUAUAUCCUAUACUUCCUCCCCAACACGGUCAGCCUGUGCGUUAGUGCUUACAAGCUGCUAAUGUUAGCCACCCAUCCGAACUGCCACAGGGGAGCUUUCAACAGCUGGCAAUGUGUGAAAUCAAGAGGCUUUCCCAUCCAGUUUCGUCCAGCAAUCACGCCGGGAGAGAGUGAGAGGGAGUGAUAUUCGGAAAUUGCAGUCCAGGAGGGUUCAGCGGUGCGGAGAGGUGACAUUGACCGGAUGCGUGUAGCGGCGCGUGCCCUGUGGCUUUGACCAUGAGCCGGCUGAUGUUGGGCCGGACCCUGGAGCGGAUCUGCAAGGCUGUGCUGUUGCUCUGCCUGGUGCACUUCCUCAUCAUGAUGAUCCUCUACUUCGAUGUCUACAGCCAGCGCUUAGACAUCUUCAGCCGUUUCAACAAUGGCCGUGUAGUGAACAGCUCACGAGGACCCCACCACUACUACUAUAAUUUCUCCAGCGGAAGGCCCAACACUACCUUUGCAAGCUACCUGGCCACAGCUGACCAUCUUCUACCCAGCACCAAGCCAGAAGCCAAUCAGACACCGCCGACCCCUAAGCCAUUACCACCAUGUCCGGAGGUACCGCCUGGUCUGGUGGGACGUCUCCUCAUCGAAUUCAGCUCCCAGAUAACCCUCGAGCGGGUGCAGAGAGAGAACCCUAAUGUGACCGAAGGGGGGAAAUACACUCCUCCGGACUGCCGGCCGAAACAAAAGGUGGCCAUCAUCAUCCCAUUCAGGCACAGAGACAACCACCUGAAAUAUUGGCUUCACUACCUGCACCCAGUCCUGCGCAGACAGAAGAUCGACUAUGGGAUUUAUAUCAUCAACCAGCUUGGCGAGGAUACCUUCAAUCGGGCCAAGCUUCUGAAUGUUGGCUACACGGAGGCUAUUAAAGACGCAGAAUACGACUGCUUCAUUUUCAGUGACGUAGACCUGAUCCCUAUGGAUGACCGGAACCUGUACCACUGUUACGACCAGCCCCGUCACUUUGCCAUUGCCAUGGACAAAUUCGGCUUCAGGCUGCCCUAUGCGGGGUACUUUGGAGGGGUGUCCGGCCUUAGCAAAAAACAGUUCCUCAAAAUCAAUGGCUUCCCUAAUGAGUACUGGGGUUGGGGAGGUGAAGAUGACGACAUUUACAACAGAAUCACACUAAAUGGGAUGAAAGUGUCCCGGCCUGAUGUGAGAAUCGGCCGCUACAGAAUGAUCAAGCAUGAGAGAGACAAGCACAAUGAGCCAAACCCCCAGAGGUUCAGUAAGAUCCAGAACACUAAGAACACCAUGAGGAAAGAUGGGAUCAGCUCACUGAUGUAUAGAGUUGUGUCUGUGAAGAAAUAUCCACUCUACACCAACAUUUCCGUAGAGAUCGGCAAGCCUCCUCCUAGACCUCUCAAAGGAUAGAGAACAACCGGGUCUUGACCGAGGAUGCCAUGACCUUCUUAAAGUUCAGCACACAAACACACACACACAAGCUCUGCCCAGGAUCACCUUCCUAUGAUAAUGCAGUGGUAUGCUGAACAGGUUCGUUCUCAGGAAUACGUGGAAGCUUGAUGUGGAUCCAUCGAUGUACUGUAGAUUCAUAUGCUGAUCCAGAUCAAGAUGUGCACAGUGUUUGGAGGGACGGGAAUAUCAUCAUCAUACUCCAGUGGCUGUUUUAUUCAGACCUUGAGGAUCAGUACAAGCUUUUAGGCUCUUAACAGGAAGGUUGUUGAGUUCUGAUUUUUGGUAAGUGACAUUUAUCUGUGAAGAACAGCCUGGUCACUUGAUGUAAAUCAAUCAGAACAUACUGUACAUUUCAAAAGCGAAUGUGUCUUUGUACCUGCGAUCCUUGCAGUGUUCAAUCUCUUCUUUCGUAUCUCAGAUGUUGGUUGAUCAUGUGAGGUUGAUAAAUCGGUGCUUGAGGUUGGCUCCUUUGGACUGUGUCUCUAUCUCUCUCUUGAGCUCUUUUAUUUUGUAUUGUCUUUUGGGACUAAGCUGAACUUCUCACUUCUCAGCAUUUCUGGGGAUGAAACCCUCAUUAGGAUGUCUUCAUGGGAACUUGGGAGACAAUUUUGUGUGUGAUUAGACUGGAUCUGGACUAGUCCUACAAGCACAUGACUGUGUCAGUCAAUAUGGUAUGAAUGGAUCACCGCAGUAUAUCCUCUGGCUGCCGUGUAGAUGCCUGGAGAAACAGCUGUUACUUUCGCUGAGAGAUAGAGGAGCUUCUGCAGGAGUUACUCAUGAUCAAACCUCUGUAUCUAUCAUCACCUGCUCAAAACUGACUGUGCUACGAGCCACUCUUUCUUUGUUUACUUUGAUUUGCCUGAAAGAUUCAUAUUUAGAUCUGUCAUAUAUUAAGGAUGAAGUUAGCGAUGGGUGCUUUUAUCAAAUAAUGCCCAUAUCAUUCAGUUUUAGAGUCUAUCACCCCGCUUUGAUAAUCAUCUAUGGAGGUGUUAUUUAAAUGAGGCUCUGCUAUGUCCAAUAUCAAAAAAAAAAAAAAAAUUCACCCAGGGUCCAAAAUCAACAUUUUUCCACACCUUCCAAAUCAAGUGAAUUAAAACAUUUACCACUGUAAUUAUUUCUUACAGGCCAUAAAUCAAUAUUGCCAUUUUUUAUAAAAAUAUAUUUUUAUCUCUCUGGCAAGGGAAUUAUUAUUAGCUGUCUUUUUUGCAUAUUUGUAAGAGCACAGUUCACUAAGAAGUUUUUUCAGCCUUAACUGCGCAAUAAAAACAAGAAGACCUGUAAUUUUGUUCCGUUAUGUUUUUGUUUUGAUAGCUUAAUAUGAAGAAUAUUUAUAAACUACCCUUCAAAUGUUUGGGGUUAGUAAGAUAUAUUUGAAGAAAUAAUACUUUUAGUCAAUGAAUACUUCUACGUUGUUAUAGUUUAAAUUUCAAAUAAAAGCUCCUUAGAAUUUUCGUUCAGCAAAGAUGUUUUCAACAUUGGUAACAAUGAGAAAUGUUUCUUGAGCGCCAAAUCUGUGUAUCAGAAUGAUUUCUGAAGCAUCAUGUGACACUGAAGACUGGAGUAAUGGCUGCUGAAAAUCUAGCACAGGA